CGUCUCAGUCACUCUCCAGAGAGAGCCCAAGGCUGCUGUUCCCUUCCUUGCGCCCCGCCAAGGCAUUGCCAGCGCCCUGUCCCCGAGCCGCCCCCUCCAGCACCAUGGUAGACAGGGGCCCCUUGCUGACUUCUGCUAUCAUCUUCUACCUGUCCAUUGGGGCAGCUAUCUUUGAAGUCCUGGAGGAGCCGAACUGGCAAGCAGCGACCGAAGAGUACAAGGACACGAAAACUGAGCUGCUCAAGGAGUUUCCCUGCCUGAGCCAGGAGGGGCUGGAGAAGAUCCUGCAGGUGGUGUCAGAUGCUGCUGGGCAAGGGGUUGCUAUCACUGGGAACAACACCUUCAACAACUGGAAUUGGCCUAAUGCUGUCAUCUUUGCUGCUACAGUAAUCACAACAAUCGGCUAUGGAAAUGUUGCUCCUAAAACACCCCCUGGACGCGUCUUCUGCAUAUUUUAUGGGCUUUUUGGAGUUCCUCUCUGCUUGACAUGGAUCAGUGCUUUGGGGAAGUUCUUUGGUGGGCGUGCCAAGAGGCUGGGCCAGUUCCUAACAAAGCGAGGAGUAAGCCUGCGAAAGGCACAAAUUACAUGCACAGCUAUUUUCAUUGUCUGGGGAGUCUUAGUCCAUCUGGUCAUUCCUCCCUUUAUCUUUAUGGUGACUGAAGGCUGGGACUACAUUGAAGGUCUCUAUUUCUCAUUCAUCACAAUCACCACUAUAGGAUUUGGAGACUUCGUUGCUGGUGUAAACCCGGACGUGAACUACCAUGUCCUUUACAGAUAUUUUGUGGAGUUAUGGAUCUACCUGGGCCUAGCUUGGCUUUCACUCUUUGUCAAUUGGAAGGUCAGUAUGUUUGUGGAAGUCCACAAAGCAAUCAAGAAACGGAGGAAAAAAAGGAAAGAGUCCUUUGAAAAUCACUCUCCCUCUAAAAAAGCCCAUCAGAUGGGCAGCUCCAAGGAUGUGAACAUCUUCAGCUUCCUUUCCAAGAAGGAAGAGACAUACAAUGAUCUCAUCAAGCAGAUUGGGAAGAAGGCUCUGAAGACAAGCAAUGACAAAAUGAUUAAAGCAGAAAAUGCCAAACCAAAUAUCCAGAAUGCCAACAAGGAUGCCCUGGUGACAUACACAAAGAGCAAAUCAUUCGAUUAUGACAGUGUUUCCCUAGGACUCAAAAACGGUCACAUCAUGAGGCACCUAAAUGACAAACGCAUUGGAGACAGCCCCCUGGAGGGCACCGUGUUUAUAAACCAGCUGGACCGGAUCAGCGAGGAAGAAGGGGAAGUUUGGGACUCCAGGGAUUACCGACCCUUAAUCUUUGAGAGUGCCAAUAUAAAUUUUGUAAAUGAGGAAGAAGACGAUGAGGAAGACCUUUCAGAUGAUGAGGAAACUUCAAAGUCCUCCAUGGAUGACAAUCUUGCAGAGGAACCUGAGACUCCCAAAAAACUGGUGAAUUUCCCAUCCUCUGAUGAAUCUACCUUUACCAGUAAUGAGUCGGAGAUUUCUGUGCCUUAUGAACAACUGAUGAAUGUAUACAACACAGUAAACAAUGUAACAGCUACAACAUGAAGCAGCACACAUUUUGGCAAUGGUUUUUUGAAGGUGGUUAAUACUGUCUAUUCAAAAUUUAUGCAGGAGGAAGGCAGAUUUAUUGCUAGCACCUCCUGUCUCUAACACCCAAACCAAAAAUCUCCUAUGUCUUAAUAUCAUCAACAGUUGUUUGCUUUUUGGAGUCCAAUCAACUUUGCUUGUCUACGUUAGAACAGUUGCAAGAUGACAAUUUAAAGCUUGAGGCAUCCUGCUGCUUCUUGGGACUCUAGUUCUUGAAGAAAGUGGGAGGAAAUGACUAACGCUGUUACACUGGACCUAUUUUUUUUUUUAAUUUUGCUUUUCAUGGGAGAAUUCAUUUGGGUGUAAAACUGUACAGUUGCAGACAAACUGGUUUAGGCACAUAGAACAUGUUAGAUUACUGCACUAGCCUCUCACCUCUGGAAAGCUGGAUUCAAGUCCUGCCUAGUUCACAAGUGAAAACAAGUGUGAGGUCUUAUCCUAGCGAUACAACACCAACUUGCUACCACUAGAUGUGGGAUAACUGGUAGUCUCUCUCCAAGAGAAGCUUGGGAUUGGAAUAGCAGGAUGUACUUAAGAUCAGAGUUGAGGUGCAUUGGCAGAGGUGAGUAAAAAAGCUUCAGAGCUACCAUGGUGUUUGUCUUGGUUAUGCCAGUGCUAUUAGUAAAUGGUGAGCAGUGAAUUUAUGAACAAAAAUAUUAAAUUAAAAAAGCACCAAAGGAACUGACUUAAAGAGAGCCUGCUUAGCAAACAAGAACCUACCUGGGGUGAAAUCAUCCUUAGGGACAUGAAAAGCACUUGUGGCUAAAGUUCACUGUGUCCAGCAGCCAAGACCUGUGCAAGAAGAAGGUGGGGGGGAAAGCCACCGUGAUCAAAAUAAAGAGGAGCACAAAGGAUAUGACAGACUUUUUACAUGGAAAGUGUCCUUCCACUGUCCAUAUUUUAGAGAAAAUACUUGAAUACACUUUGUCUGUACAGAUGAAGUUUUAGUUAAACUGUCCUUUUGAGUAAAAUCACCUUUUGGGUAUCAAAUCCUAUCUGAAUGUUGCAAUGCCUGUCAAAGGGACCUGAAGAGCUGUUACAGAAACCCGUACGGUAUGAUCACUAUCUCUGGUUCAGAAACUCUUGCUGUACCUCCCCAACUUGAUACUUCAGAUUAGACUUGAAGUUGAGAUGGUUUUAAAAACAGUCACAUUUUGAAAGUUUUUUUUAAAGCAUGACCCACUUGGGUAUUCAGUGGUUAUUCUACCCCACUUCCAAGAAGGUUGUGUAAUCGUAGACAUGGGUAAAAUUUUCAGAAGUGCCACUGAACUUAGGGAUUGUCUACUCAGAGGAUUAGUGCGCAAGAGAUAAGAAUGUGAAUCGACAGUGCGCUAGUUUGCUGCAUGCUAACUGGCCAUGUGGACCCUGCUACCAUGCACUAAAAUCUCGUUAGUGUGCUUUGACAUAUUCCCAUAUGAAAGCAUACUGUGUAACUUUUAGUGUUGUGGCAGGGUCCAUUUGGCCAGUUAGUGUGUACCAAGCGAGUGCACUGUAGAUUUUAUACCCUGGCUUGCUUCAUGCUAACUGUCUGUGUAGACAAGCCCUUAGGAGUCUGAGUCACUUGGGCUCCUAAGUUACUUGGGCAUAUCUUAAAAUUUUAUUUCUUGCCUCUAAUUAGAGCUUUUGAUUGGUGUUGGGGCACAUGGGCUGUUUUUUAAAAAUGUUAACUCAGAUGUUUUGAGUAAAAAGAAAACAGUAAUAUAUUUUUCUUCCCUUUUUUAAAAAAAAGAUAUCCAUGUAUACACCAUGUAAAACUCUUUCAAAUGAGCUCUUAAUUACAUGUUGGCAAGAGGUGCUGCUACUCUGAAGAGUGGGGACACUGUGGAGGAGGGUGUGCUGAGGGAGGGGAAAGGACAGUGUCCCAGUAUCCAAAGUGUUUUUAGAACAUAGAAUUGUCAAGACCUUUGGACUUAAAAUGGCAAGCUUUUGUUUUUGUUUUACAGUAUCUAAAUCAUUCCAAGAUGCCCUAGAAAUGUUGAAAGUUCAGAGAACAGUUAAAACUGAAAUAUAUGGAUUUGGGAAGGAGAGGGGUAAAUAUUGCUGCCUCUAGAACUCGAUGAGAAGGAUUGUGUGGAAUUUUAUAAUACUAAUCUUGAAUGACUAAAUGUACUAAUAACUGUAAAUAUUGCCGCUGCUUGAAUCAUGGGUGUCUCCUUACACAUUAGGAGGAGAAACUGUGGGAACCCAGCACUCCAGUUAGAUAUCAUAUUGACAAGAAGUUCUGAAGCCACCUACUGUAAAACAAGGAAUAUCUGUUUUGAUUGCUGUAUGGAAACUUGCAUUAUGUUCAUGAAGGUGUGUAACCUAAUUGUAACAAAGGGCAAGAUCCUGCGCUGUUAAAAAUGUUGGCAAAAUGUGGAAUUAACUUUAUUGGUUGUAGCGGUUAUUCCACCUUUACAAUAUUAUAGCUGAAGAGAGACUCUAACUCAAAGUGUAAUUUCAUACUUUUAUUGCUUUUGGAGUCUUGGUGACUAGGUGACCAGAUUUGCAACAGGCUGGAAUGAAUGAGUGUCUGUGCUAGAAAGGUUUUGAUGAGUUCUAAUAAGGUUUUCUUUUCACAGCCUUUCAUCAUGAUUCCAAGCCCCUCAGGUAUGCCUCCUUGUGUAGAGGGUUUUGGGUGAUAACUAUUUCUUGAUGCCACUGUUUUUGGGGGGGUUUUUCUUCAACCAUAAGAAAUGGGAGGCAGUGCUCCAUUUAUAGAGGUGUGACUUUUACUGUGGCAGGUCUAAUAUUCUCAUUAAAGAAAUGCACAUCACUUAAACAAAACAAAACACUCCAAAAAACUACUCUUGUUCGCCAGCUUGUCUUCCAUUGUUGACACACAGAUCAAAGUUUUAGUGACAGUUAAUGCAGUGUUAGGGUAAGGCAGAAAGGCACACUGAAAAAGAUGGAGAAAGUAAGUCCAGCUUGGUAUUCUCUUUUAAGCAGAGAAGAGGAGCAUCCAAAGUGUGGUCCAUGAAGCUUUAGAAUGUGGCUUCUCUUUAAUACAGAAAUUACAUGACCCAGACACUUCUCUUGGCUGCUCUGACUGAGAUGGAAUGUUGCACGAUCUCCAUAUCAAACUGCAGCUAUUUCUUUAAAGAUGUGGAGGGAUGUAAUCUGUUUCAUGUUAUCAAGUUAGGUGCAGCUCUCUGCCUUCUGCCAAGCUGCUGACGUGGCCCUAAGUUGGACCUUCCCAACAUACAAUAUAAAAGUCUACAUUAUAAACACCAUAGAUGUUCAGGUACUGAUUAACUUUCCUGGAACUAAGUGCAGAAUUCUUUUUUUGAGACAAAAACACAUCUCACUCAAGACAACCCACCCAUGUGCCUUACUGUAACGCUACUGGGCAAAAUUCACCUCUUUGCAGUGGGCCAGCACAAGGGCUGUGCAGCACUUAAAUCCUGCUUUGCACCCGAAGAUUAAUUGGGAUUUAAUUGGUACAUUGCAGAGGGCCAGCACAAAACCAAAGAGGUGAUUUCCUCUUCCACCGCCAGUAUUUUUCAGAUCUGGUGCCAUCUCAGAAUUGCUUGAGUUCUAAGCCAACCAGCCCCCUUUGUCCACCCGUCUUCCACAUUUUAAGAAAAGCAGCAACCUGGGGUGGUCUUGCCCUUUGAUUCUCAUGUAAUGAAUCAGAAGUGUGUCCAGUAUUUUAGCUCUUCAACAUAAAAGUGCCUAUAGCUAGUUUCAGUUCCCAGAUGCUGCUUGGGGAAAAUUUUUGUAUAAUGUGAAGUAGUUCAAGGAAACUUAAGUUUACUGUUUGCCACCAUUUAGAAUUUCACUGGGGUUUGUGAACUGGGGCUGUGGUUUAUUCCUCAAUAAUUUAAGUUUUAUAGGUGGGAUUAUGUGGGCCGGCUGCGAACUUUAAUAAAAAAACAAAUUUAUGGCAGAUAUAGACGUGGGGGUGAGGAGAAGAGAAUCCUUCCAGCUGCUAACCUAUUUCCAGCCACUUCUGGGCCAUUAAAUCUGAGCGUGGUUUCCCCUUUCGUGCCUGAUUUCCAUUUGCCAAGAUGAUCCAAUGUUGUAAAAGGCAUUGGCGGUUGCAACCAGGUCUUUAUGUUGUGUUUUAAAAUGUUGUUCCUACAUCCAAAUUAAAAAGACAAGGUGGCCUCAUCUUCUACUUUGCUCUCCCCUCUGUCUUAUGCCAAUUAAACUGGCUUGAGGGUGACUAAAUGGGCUUCAGUGGUGUGUGUGUGUGUGUGUGUUUUGUGGCAGGCAGA